GAUUCCCUCUGCAAUUGAUAGGUACCCACGACUCGCUAUUGCUUUUAUUCCCUCUCUCUCUCUCUCCUCUUCUCUCCUCUCUCUCUCUCUCUCCUCUCCUCUCUCUCUCUCCCCAGGGAUGUGCUCUCGGUACCUACCGGCUAAGACCGUCCUGUUCGAGCAGGACAGGCGCGGGGUCACUUACCGGAUCCCCGCUCUGCUGUACUUACCGACCACCGGGACGCUGUUGGCUUUUGCGGAGGAGAGGUUCACUCCCAACGACGCGGACGCGAACCUGUUGGUGCUGCGCAGAGGACAUCUCUCCGGAUCCUAUGUCGAGUGGGGGGACAUGAGAGCCGUACAGUCCGCGCACCUGACAGGCCACCGGUCCAUGAACCCGUGUCCGGUGCACGACCGCCACACGGACACCCUCUUCCUCUUCUUCAUCGCCGUGGAGGGGCGCGUGUCCGAGUCCCAUCAGCUCACCACCGGCCGCAACGCGGCGCGGCUCUGCUGCGUGAGGAGCGCCGACCGGGGCCGGAGUUGGGGCGCUCCGACCGACCUGACCGACCCGACCAUCGGGCGCCGCCUCGGGCAGUGGGCGACGUUCGCCUUGGGCCCGGGCCACGGGGUCCAGCUCCGGGGCGGGCGGCUGGUGGUGGGGGCCUACGCCUACCGGAUCGACCGGAGCGAGGGCCUCGGGGGGGUUGGCCGGAGCCGCCCGCACUCCUUCGGCUUCUACAGCGACGACCACGGGCGGACGUGGCGGGUCGGGGAGGCGGUGCCCAACCUGCGGACCGGGGAGUGUCAGAUGGUGUCGGUGGAGGAGGCGAACGGCAGCCGCGUCCUGUACUGCAACGCCCGGUCCCCGCUGGGCUGCCGAGUCCAGGCCCUCAGCCCCGACGGCGGCGCCGCCUUCCUGUCCGGUCGCCUGGUCCGGAGGUUAGCGGAACCCGCCCGCGGCUGCCACGGCAGUGUGGUGGGCUUCCCCGCCCCCACCGGCUCCCGGGGCGCCCCCUCCCCCACACCCCCGCACCCGCACCCGCCCCCGCAACCGCACCCGCCCCCGCAACCGCCCCCGCCCCCGACCUGGGUCGCCUUCUCUCACCCCACCAGCCCCGCCUCCCGGGCCGACUUGGGGGUCUACCUGAGCACUUGUCCCCGGGACCCCGACAGCUGGACGGAGCCGUGGGUUAUUAGCGAAGGUCCCAGCGCGUACUCGGACCUGGCGUACCUGGAGGCGCCCUCCGGCGAGGCGGGGGCUCCCGCCGCGGCCAUCGGCUGUCUGUACGAGUGCGGGGACCGGGCGGCCCACGAGCGGAUCGCCUUCAGCCUCUUCACGGUGCGGGAACUCCUUCGCAACGUUUCCGACGCGGCUCAGCGGUCGCCAUCGCCGCCUUCUCCGAGUCGGUCCGCGAAGGGGGAGCGCAGCUGCUGCGGAGUCGCGUGA